AUGCAGAUCCCUACACGGCCUCACGGACCCUACGGAUUUUCAGUGCGUCCACAGGUUCAUCUCCACCCAGACUGUGCCAACAGCGCGUGUCUGUCCACAGCUGCAAAACCCAGCUCAGGAAAAUCAUUCACCAUUGACGCUCUGCUCGCCAAGCCGGACAACACCGAAACCACAAAGACAAGCCCAUUUCAGGGCUCACUGAAUCCUACGCCAUCACCGCCAGGUCUCUUUCUAUAUGCCGGACAGAUGUGUCCACCACUUCCUCACUACCUGCACAGCCCAGCAAUGAUGCACACACAAUCCAGCUAUCCAGUCUACUGCUGUCCGCCCUUCGGGUACCAGACAACAUGCCCGGGGACUGUUUAUUCACAAGGUGCCACACUGUCUAAAGCAGGAGUUCACGCGCACUACAAGCACAAAGGGGGGAAAUCAAAGCGGAUGCGCACGAGCUUCACCAACGAGCAGCUGUCUCGCUUGGAAAAGGAGUUUGCGCGCCAGCAGUACAUGGUGGGAUCAGAGCGCUUCCUGCUUGCAUCUGCACUCCAGCUCACCGAGGCGCAGGUUAAAGUUUGGUUCCAGAACAGGCGCAUCAAGUGGAGAAAGCAGAGUCUUGAGCAACAGCAGGCCAAACUUGCCAAACUAGGUCUCGCGGUUCCGCCGAAAAGCCCCGGAUCUCAAGGCCGUGAGGACGAGGGAGACGAGGACGAGCACGAUUUCACAGAGGACUCUGAUGUUGAUAUCGACGACUCCCUGCACGCCUGA